AAUUCAAAGGUCAACCAAAGACACAAAAAACAAACACAGUAUUUGUAAAGAAAAAGGACUAAAGGUGAAAUCUGGCACUCAACCAACCAGUGAAUCAGCAAAGAGCUUCCUGUUUGUCACUCUUUGCAACUUGCUAUUUUUAAUGAACUGCACACAUAAGUCAAACACGUAGUGUAAUCUUUUAAAUAGCUCUGUGGGUUGCCACUUUGUUCCCUCUUUGCAGCCUCCCCCCUGCAGUGAAGUGAUGGAGGAAACAAAGCAGUAGAGCCUUAUAUAAAUCCUCAGUGUUUGCAUGACUCCCAAAGCUCAACAGGGCAGGUUGGAGGAGCUCCUGUGAACAACAGAAUGGCUGCUAAAACGCUGACGCUCCGGCUUCUCCUGCUGGGGACGGUUCUGUCGCUGGCCAGCUGUCAGCACUGGUCGUUUGGUCUGAGCCCAGGAGGAAAGAGGGAAUCGGAUGGCUUUCCAGACAUGCUGGACAGCCAGAUAUUUGAAGGUUUGGCGAAUGCAGAGGCACCCUGCAGUGUUCUGGGCUGUGCAGAGGAGUCACCGUUUGCCAAAUUCUACAGAAUGAGGGGCCUUCUUGCGAGGGUACCUGAGGGGGAACGCAGACAUCAGGCAUUCAAACAGUGAUGUCUUAUGCAAUGAUAUGUUAUAGAUGUAGGAGUUGCUGCAUAUUUGCCUUUUUUCCCCAAAAAUUCUGAAUAAAAACUAUAGAAUCUUUUGC